AUGGGAAAUGCUGACGCAUCCACUAUGUGGGCACAGGGCCUUUAUCUGAAACUCCGCAAGCUCGGCCUUCGAGCCCGAGCCAAGCAAGCGCUGCAGGACGCUGCUUGGAGGGCUGCCCGGGGGCAGCCAACCUGCCCUGCAAAAACUAAGAGUAAGGGCAAGUCGGUAAGUAUUCCAAGCUGCUUUGGCUACCCCUUGAGCAUCUUCUUCAUUGUCAUCAAUGAGUUCUGCGAACGGUUCUCCUACUAUGGCAUGCGAGCGGUGCUUGUUUUGUACUUCAAAUAUUUCCUGCAGUGGGAUGACAACUUGUCUACAGCCAUCUACCACACAUUCGUUGCUCUAUGCUACUUGACACCAAUCCUUGGAGCACUCAUUGCAGACUCUUGGCUGGGAAAAUUUAAGACCAUUGUCUCCCUGUCCAUUGUCUAUACUAUUGGGCAGGUGAUCAUGUCUGUAAGCUCCAUAAAUGACCUGACAGAUCACAACCAGGACGGCUCUCCCGAUAAUGUAUCAGUGCACAUUGCUCUGUCCAUGAUUGGCUUGAUCCUCAUUGCACUUGGUACUGGUGGGAUCAAACCUUGUGUGGCAGCGUUUGGUGGAGACCAGUUUGAAGAUGAUCAGGAAAAACAAAGAACUAGAUUCUUCUCUAUCUUUUAUUUGUCCAUUAAUGCUGGAAGUCUCUUAUCUACUAUAAUCACCCCAAUUCUCAGAGCUCAAGAGUGUGGCAUCCACAGCAAACAGCGAUGUUACCCACUAGCUUUUGGAGUUCCUGCUGCUCUCAUGGCUGUCGCCUUGGUUGUGUUCAUAACUGGAAGCAGAAUGUACAAGAAAGUUAAACCUCAAGGCAAUGUAAUGAUUCAAGUUUCCAAAUGCAUUGGUUUUGCCAUCAAAAACCGGUUUCGGCAUCGCAGCAAGGAGUUCCCCAAGAGAGACCACUGGCUAGACUGGGCAAGUGAGAAGUAUGACAAACGACUGAUUGCUCAAACUAAGAUGGUGUUGAAGGUGCUUUUCCUUUACAUUCCUCUCCCCAUGUUCUGGGCGCUUUUUGACCAGCAG